GCUGAGAGAGCGGGAGUCAGUGGCGUCGGCGGGAACAUGGCUCCUUCUCCGACCAAGCGCAAAGACCGCUCCGACGAGAAGUCCAAGGAUCGCUCCAAAGACAAGGGGGCCGUCAAGGAGUCGAGCGAGAAGGACCGAGGCAGGGACAAAGCACGAAAGAGGCGCAGCGCAUCCAGUGCCAGCAGCAGCACCAGGUCUCGCUCUAGCUCCACCUCUAGCUCCGGCUCCACCUCCAGCUCCGGCUCCAGCAGCGGCUCCAGCUCCUCGUCAGCGUCUAGCCGCUCGGGCAGCUCCAGCACAUCCCGUAGCUCCAGCUCCAGCAGCUCCUCGGGCUCUCCAAGCCCCUCUCGGCGCAGACACGACAAUCGGCGCCGCUCCCGCUCCAAAUCCAAACCACCCAAAAGAGAUGAAAAGGAGCGGAAGAGGCGGAGUCCUUCCCCCAAACCCACCAAAGUGCACAUUGGGCGACUCACCAGGAACGUAACCAAGGACCACAUCAUGGAGAUCUUCUCCACCUAUGGGAAGAUUAAAAUGAUUGACAUGCCUGUGGAGAGGAUGCACCCCCACCUGUCCAAAGGUUACGCCUACGUGGAGUUUGAGAAUCCUGACGAGGCUGAGAAGGCGCUCAAACACAUGGAUGGAGGGCAAAUCGACGGCCAGGAGAUCACUGCCACAGCUGUGCUGGCGCCCUGGCCAAGACCACCUCCCCGGCGAUUCAGCCCUCCCAGGAGGAUGCUGCCACCACCCCCCAUGUGGCGCCGGUCACCCCCACGGAUGAGGAGACGGUCUCGCUCUCCAAGACGCAGGUCCCCUGUGCGCAGGCGUUCCCGGUCCCCUGGUCGCCGUCGGCACCGGAGCCGUUCUAGCUCCAACUCCUCCCGAUAA